AUGUCUCGCAGGUCUCUCGAGUCUCAAAGGCCGAUCAUGGCUCCAAGCGUCACGUCGAAGCGCACCUCCAAACGCUACUCGACCUACUCUGCCUCUCCUUCUUUCGCUACGACCAACAGCAACUGCUCCAACUCUCAAACACUUGUCUCCGGCGCUGCCGCCGCGAACAUAUCCGUCAGUCCCGAAGUCGGUAUGGCUGAGAUUCGACACGUCACGCAAGGACUCGACCGACUAGAGAACAAAUACCUCCAACAGCAGCGCUUCGUGCCGUCCCUCAAGAAGACCGAUGAGCUGAGCAAGCUGAGCUUGGGCGCAAAAGUCGAACGUGCCCUUGGCAGAAGAAUGUCCAACCAAGACGCAGUCCUGCGGGUCAAGCGGCCCAUCACAAAGACAACGAACGCGUUCUCCAUUAUCGAUGAGAAAACCGCACUCAAGGCUUGA